AUGGGAGACGAGGAGUCGCAAGAAAAUGGCGGCAACCACGUGAGUGUUGUGAGAGGACCCAUACAUCUCAAACCUCCAAAUCAGUUGGAUUUUCACUCCCCUAAUCUUCAACACAGAUGGAAGAAGUGGAGAGAAGAGACGGAGCUGUACCUUGAUCUUUCUACGGAAGGCAAGUCUGCAGGGCCCCAAGACAAGCAACUUCUUGAACGACUCUUGAGAGAGGAUGGUUUGGAUCUGGAGAAGUGUGUACGCUUAUGUAGAGCAUCAGAAAUUUCUAAGGAACAAUUAAAAACCUUGGACACUGCGCAAACAGUUCACACAGUUAGAGAAAAGAACUGGUCAAAUAAACCAAAGAAUUGGAACACUGGACAUGUCGGGGAGCAUCACUCACAGAAAAAGAAUUAUAGAUUGCACAGUCAACGGGCCACUCAAGUGAAACCAGUUGUAAGUAGCAACACAAUACAGUGCAGAUUCUGUGGUCGAGAACUUGAGAGGAACCGAAGUGUCUGCCCUGCAUUUGGAAAAACUUGCUCCAGAUGUAAGCAGAAGAACCACAGUCCAGCCAUGUGUCACACAAUACAACCACCUCGCCACUCUAGACCACGUGUAAAUAUCAUCCAUGAAGAUGAAGACUCGGAUGAAUAUUUCACCAUCAACUCACUCACUCUCACAGAGCCAGUGAUAGAUGUGCAUCAGCUGCAAGAGGAGUCUGAAUAUCCCAGACAAAUAUUCGCAUCCAUGAACAUUGCAGGUAAACCAGUUUCAUUUCAAGUCGACACGGGAGCCACCUGCAACCUGAUACCAAGUUCUCUACUACCUACUACUACAGAAUUACAGCAGACAUCCCAGGUGUUGAGAAUGUACGACAAGACUGUCGUCAAGCCUUUAGGCAAAUGCCCUGUAAAAGUAGUCAACCCCAAGGAUGGAAGAAAGUACAAGGUAGACUUUAUUGUCCUCAGUGACCCUUGUGCUAGGCCAAUAUUAGGCAGUCACGCGUCUAUGAGUAUGAAGUUGAUAAGAGUGGAUCAUGAACACAUUACUAUGGUUGAUAAAGUAAUGACAGCAUCCAUGCACUCAAUUAAUAUUCCUCAGAAUCUAACAUUGAAGGGAGUAAAAGAGGAAUUCAAAGAUGUCUUUACGGGAACAGGAGAGUUUGAAGGAGCAUACGAGAUCCGACUUGACACAUCGGUGGCAUCAGUCGUUCACCCUCCAAGGAAAGUGCCACUAGCACUGAAGCCGAAGCUGAAGGCUGAACUAGAGCGUCUGGUGAAUCUUAAAAUACUCACUCCUGUCACUGAACCAACACCUUGGGUAUCUAGUCUCGUCAUCGUGGAGAAACCCAAUAAACUUAGGAUUUGCAUCGAUCCAAAAGACCUAAACCGGGCAAUUCUCCGCAGUCACUACCCACUACCAACUAUUGAGGAUAUCUUACCGGACCUUGGCAAAGCUAAAGUGUUUAGCGUUGUGGACGCAAAGAAUGGGUUUUGGCAUGUGGCUAUGGAAGACAGUAGUUCAUACCUCACUACCUUCAACACCCUGUCUGGACGUUUUCGUUGGUUACGUAUGCCGUUUGGUAUAUCCUCCGCUCCGGAGGAAUUCCAGCGACGGCAAGAUCAGGUCAUAGAAGGGCUCAAGGGUGUACGAGGAGUUGCGGAUGAUAUUCUCAUCUAUGGCGAAGGAGACUCCAUUGAAGAAGCAUCUGUAGAUCAUGAUGCAAACUUCAGAGCGCUCAUGGAACGCUGCAGAGCUCGCAACCUGCGGAUCAACCCCAACAAGAUAACAUUUAAAGUACAGGAAGUUACCUUCAUCGGACAUCGUCCUACAUCCAAUGGUCUAGAGCCUGACCCAGCAAAGACCAAAGCUGUUCUCGAUAUGCCGAAACCAACAGAUGUACAAGGUGUACUUCACUUCGUUGGAUUCGUGAACUAUCUAAGCAAGUUCCUCCCACAUCUAAGCAGUGCCUGUGAACCGCUAAGGCAGCUGACUCUGAAGGAUGUUGAGUGGCAUUGGGAACAGAUUCAUGAUGACGCCGUCUAUGAUAUCAAGAGGCUUGUAAGCAAGUACCCUGUGCUCAAGUUCUUCGACACACAGAGUCAGGUCACGAUUCAGUGUGAUGCAUCUAUGUCAGGUUUGGGCGCAGCUCUUCUCCAAGAUGGUCAACCUGUGGCCUAUGCUAGUAGGCCAUUGACAGACGCCGAAACCAGGUAUGCCCAAAUCGAGAAGGAAUUGUUGGCAGUUGUAUAUGGAAUGGAAAAGUUCCACCAAUACACGUACAGAAGGCCAGUUGACGUUCAAUCUGACCACAAGCCUCUUGAGACUAUAGUUAGGAAGCCACUACACAGUGCACCCAAGCGUCUGCAGAGAAUGUUGCUAAGACUGCAGCGCUACGACAUACAGCUCGCAUACAGGCCUGGGAAACAGAUGCAGUUAGCGGACACAUUAAGCAGAGCACCACUGCCUGAACUUGCAGAUACAGGAAUGGACCAGGAAUUCAUCAACAUGAUAGACUACGUCCCAAUUGCUAAACCAAGAAUGGAACAGAUACGGGAGAAAGUCAAGUCGGACACAGAUCUACAACAAGUGUAUGACAUCAUUUGGAAGGGCUGGCCGGAUCAGUUGAAAGAUGUUCCUGACGCUGCAAGACCAUACUUCCACUGUCGAGAUGAGUUGACUGUACAAGAUGGAAUUAUCUACCGAGGUCAAAGAGUAGUGAUUCCCCGAAUCCUGAGAAGAGACUUGUUAGUGCAAAUUCAUUCUUCACACAUUGGAGCAGAAGGAUGUCUCCGACGUGCAAGGGAAUGUAUUUACUGGCCUGGGAUGAAUGGGGCAGUCAAAGAUUAUGUCGCAAAAUGUGACAUCUGCCGUGGAAGUGUCAGGGAACAAGCUAAGGAACCCUUGUUGUCACACGCAGUAGCAGACCGACCAUGGUCCAAAGUUGGAGCAGACCUGUUGGUUCUAGAUGGCAACAACUAUCUCAUCACUGUAGAUUACUUCUCAAACUAUUGGGAAAUUGAUCACCUUACAGAUACCAGGUCAGCCACAGUAGUGAACAAGCUAAAGGGACAGUACGCACGACAUGGCAUACCAGACACUUGCAUAUCUGACAACGGUCCACAGUUCUCAGCAGAGGAAUUCAAGAAAUUCGCUCAUGACUGGGGAUUUAAUCAUGUAACAUCCUCUCCAGCCUACCCUCAGAGCAACGGAAAGGCAGAACAGGCAGUGAAAACUGCAAAACAUUUACCGAAGAAAGCCAAACAGGCCAAGAGUGACCCUUACUUGGCCAUACUGAACUUUCGUAACACACGGACACAGGGUCUUGACUCGAGUCCUGCUCAAAGGCUCAUGAGCAGGCAAACACGAACAUUGUUACCUAUCCCUGAAAAUCUGCUGAUUCCGGAGACUGUUUCAGGAACUACUGAAAAGAUGAGAAACCUCAAGUACAAGGCAGCUCAAUACUACAACCAUGGUACGAAACAGCUUCCUUUUCUUCAGAGAGGUGAUAGCGUGAGAAUCUCACCCAAAACAAUUGGUGACAAACUGUGGCGGAAAGCAGAAGUCUUGGGACCAAUCAAAGACAGACCCCGUUCCUACGAGGUCAUUACAGAGGACAAUCAGAUCCUGAGACGAAAUCGCAGACAUCUGAGAAAAACAUCUGAAUCACCAAGUCGUGAAACACUCGAGGUAACAAGGAAAUCUCCAAAGCUGACAGACAUCAGCUCACCUGAGACGACAAGUGUGAACGUACCUUCCAGAGGUGUGCAUCACAGUCCUGCACACACACUUGCGAAGUCACAGACAGCGGUCAGGUAG